CACCAUAAGAGUGUCAACAACGACGUCGUUGUGUUUCUGCAAUCUGCAUAAACCCUAACACAGAGUCUAGUCCGUGCUAAAACACGAAGAAGAAGAAGAAGAGGAGGAGGAGAUAGGUAUGAUAAAGGGUAUGGAUAAACGAAAAAGAAAUUGGGAAGAAGAAGCGAUGAAGAAGAAGGAAAAGAAAGCACAAGAAACGUCGACGUCUUCGGAGGUGUUCGCUUCUUGCUCUUUUUCCAGUCUCGGUCUUCACCCUAAUUUAUGCCAACAGCUCCAAGAGAGGCUGGGCUUCCAAGUUCCCACUCACAUCCAGGCUCAGGCAAUUCCUGUUAUUCUCUCCGGCCAACAUGUGCUGGUUAAUGCGGCUACUGGCACAGGAAAAACCGUAGCAUAUCUGGCUCCAAUAGUUCAUCACUUGCACAACUACAAUCCUCGAAUUCAGCGGUCUUCUGGUACUUUUGCGUUGGUUCUUGUACCAACGCGUGAGUUAUGCAUGCAGGUAUAUGAAAUCUUGCAAAAGCUAUUGCACCGUUUCCAUUGGAUUGUCCCUGGCUAUAUAAUGGGUGGUGAAAGCAGGUCAAAGGAGAAAGCUAGGCUGCGAAAAGGCAUAUCUAUUCUUGUUGCAACUCCUGGGCGUCUUUUGGAUCAUUUAAAGAAUACGUCAUCAUUCUCGCAUACAAAUUUGCGCUGGAUAAUAUUUGAUGAAGCAGAUAGGAUCUUAGAACUAGGAUUUGGUAAAGACAUAGAAGAGAUACUUGAUAUUUUGGGUUCAAGGAAAAACAGGUCCGUUACUGAUGAGAACGCAGUUCCAAGGAGUUCAGAAGUUCAAAGGCAGAAUUUGCUGUUGUCAGCUACCUUAAAUGAAAAAGUAAAUAAUCUUGCUAAAAUUAGUUUAGAAAAUCCAAUUAUGAUUGGUCUUGAUAAGAAAAAGGUGCAACCAAAUCCCUCUAUUGGACAUUUGGGAUCUUUAGGAUCUGACAAGGAUGAUGAAUUAGAGGAUUCAGGAAAAUUUACCUCUUCAAAUGGAGAAUAUAAGCUUCCAGCUCAAUUAGUUCAGAGCUAUGUGAAAGUGCCUUGUGGUAUACGGGUUGUGGUACUUCUUUCCAUUCUAAAGACUCUUUUUGAGAGAGAAGCUUCCCAGAAGAUUGUGGUAUUCUUUUCAACCUGCGAUGCAGUAGAUUUUCAUUAUCUGCUGCUAACUGAAUUUCAGUGGUCGCCGAACUCGCAAUCAGAACCAAAACUUCAACAGCUGUUUGUGAGAUGCAAAACUUUUCGGUUACAUGGAAACAUGCAGCAUGAGGAUCGGAGAACUACAUUCCAGGCCUUCAGAACUGAGAAGUCAGCUCUUCUCUUGUCCACAGAUGUUUCUGCUAGAGGACUGGAUUUUCCAAAAGUUAGAUGCAUAAUACAAUAUGAUUCUCCUGGGGAAGCUACUGAAUAUGUGCAUAGGGUUGGGAGAACUGCUCGCUUGGGUGAAAGGGGAGAGACUCUUUUAUUUCUACAGCCAACUGAAAUGGAUUAUUUGCAAGAGCUGGAUAAACAUGGUGUUUCACUAACAGAAUAUCCACUUCUCAAAGUGUUGGAUAGUUACCCACUGCAAGGUCAGAAGCUUCAUGUCAAGAAGUUUGUUUCCUUAGAGAUGCAUCCUUGGGUGCAGUUUCUGCAGAAAGCACUUGAAUCUUUCAUCUUUGCAGAGACGAGGAUGAAGAACUUAGCCAAGGAUGCAUUUUGCUCUUGGGUCCGUGCUUACACUGCCCAUCGUGGUGACCUGAAAAGGAUUUUUACAGUGAAAAAACUUCACUUGGGACAUGUGGCGAGAAGUUUUGCAUUGAAAGAUCAACCCUCCUUGGUUGGAAAAUCAUUCCAAAUUCAAACAAAAAAGAGGAAGAAGGAUCAAAAACAGAAGGGAAGAAUAUCAAAAAAGAGGAGGAUUGGCAUUACAUCUUGAAGCAAACCAGAAUGAGCCACUCAACGUCAUGUCCAACUGGCAAGUUGAAGAAUGAUAUGUUUACUAAAGUUUGUCACACACAGGUCACCAUCUUCAGUGGAUUCACAUGUGCGCAUGUUACUGUCAGAAUUCUGGAUUUGCUAUCUUUUGGAGUUUCAGUGGUUCACAUUUCUUGGUUAGCUCGGUGGUAGUUGACCACAACCGAACAUAUAGAAGCCAAAUUACACCACAUGAAUGUUUGUUUUUUUUAUUUUUUUUGGCAUUCAAUCUCGAAUUUGUGUAGUUGUAAUUUGAUUUUACAAUAGAAAAAAAUGCAUCAAAACAAAACAUUGAAAUUUUGUAUUUGCAAAUUUGGUAGUUUGAUCAAUUUGAUGAGUGCUUGACUAGGGUUCAAAGCUAA